AUGGGCCUCGUCGGCAUCUCCCUCAUAGUCGCCUCGGUCGUCUACGUACUCAUCCGACCACCGGGUUGGUUGGCGCAACGCCUAUUCCAAUGGCGCUUCCCACGUGGGACAAUCGCGGAUUCCCCUCCGCCAGAGAAGCAGACUCCCAGCGACACCGCCCCAAGGAUACAAGAAAACGGGCACUCAAAGACUCCUACGCCUUCAUCAAACGGUGUCGCCAAACAGCCCUCGCCGCGGGAGUCCCAACGCCUGCAAGAUGCGGCCAUGAUGCCUCCCCCUCCUCCGCCCAUAAUCCAGCCGCCCCCCAUCGACGAACCCGACGGCUCAACAACGCCAAAGGCAUCCGCAGCCACACGAUCCGACACAAUACCCAGCUUCUCACUAUCAACAGAACCAGCCGCCUCUAAAUCCUCCUUACCUUCCCUAUCGAGCAUGAUGCCCCCGCCUCCUCUGCCAGGACGUCUCCCCUCAGCCGGCCGUAUCCCAACACUCCCUCAGUUCCCGGCUCCGAACUCUGCGCAACGCGCCCGGGGACCUACUCCGAAUCGCGGGCCACCAGGACUAUCUGCUCCGAAUGGCGGCCUCGCUCCUCCGCCGACGCACUCGUCCAAACCCCAAAAGCCUAGCCGCAAAGUCCUCCUCGAUCCAGGCCACUCGCCGCUAGACUGGGCACGUAUAUCCGGUCCCAACGCAGACCUGCGGGGUGUGGAACCGUCGACGCCGUACCUUCGUGUCACGCCGUCAAUGUUGAAGAAGCAGACGGGGCGUAAGGGCAAGGACGCUUGGAUGGCGCUGAAUGGAAAGGUGUACAAUGUUACGCCGUAUGCCAAGUUUCACCCUGGUGGGAUUCCGGAGCUGAUGAGGGGUGCGGCAAGAGAUGGCACAAAGCUGUUUGGUGAGAUUCACCCCUGGGUUAAUUACGAAACUAUGCUGGCGGCAUGUUUGGUUGGGUUGUUGGUGGAGGAGCCGGAAGGUGGAUCGCACAAGAGUGAGAUGGAUCAGAUGGACUGA